UAGGACUUGCGGCUUCCUCGAGAGAAUGUCGAACUACUUCAAGGACCAGGGAAAACGCGGUGAGAAUGCAGAGCUGCAAGAAGAGCUUGCUUCUACAGAUAAGAACAAGAAACGCGAUGCUGUGAAGAAGGUGAUCAGAGACAUGACCCUUGGCAAGGAUGUCGCCGGCCUGUUCACUGCUGUUGUGAACUGCAUGAUGACACCUAAUCUUGAAGUUCGCAAGCUCGUGUACUUGUACUUGAUCAACUAUGCUAAGACUCAGCCUGACCUUGCCAUCAUGGCUGUCAAUGGCUUUGUUAAGGACUGUGGAGACCCUAACCCGAUCAUCCGCGCGUUGGCAGUUCGAACUAUGGGAUGCAUUCGAGUACAGCAGAUCAGUGAAUACCUCUGCGAGCCUCUCCGGCGAGCGUUGAAAGACAGUGACCCCUACGUGCGCAAGACUGCCGCCAUCUGCGUCGCCAAACUCUACGAGAUUUCCCCAGACCUUGUGACAGACCAAGGCUUCAUCGACACUCUGAACGACAUGCUUGGAGAUGGUAAUCCCAUGGUGGUGUCGAAUGCUGUCGCUGCCCUGGCUGAGAUCAGCGUUCGCGGAACUCCUAAAGCGCUUGUGCUGAAGAAUUCUACGGUGACGAAGCUUCUGAAUGUCUUGAACGAGUGUUCGGAAUGGGGUCAAGUCUUCAUCUUGGAUGUUCUCUCGUCUUACACGCCAUCGGACAAGACUGAGGCUGUUAACAUCCUUGAGCGGGUGAAGCCAAGGUUGCAGCACGCGAACAGCGCGGUGGUGCUCAGCACAACCAAGGUGAUAGUGAAGCUUUUGGACAUCGUGACAGACAGCGAAGUUGUACGAACAUACGUGAAGGCUCUCGGACCUCCUCUUGUGACGCUCAUGUCCAAUGAAGCUGAGAUCCAGUAUGUUGCCUUGAGGAAUAUCAUCCUGAUCUGCCAGAAACGUCCGUCGGUGCUAUCAAACGAAGUGAAGGUCUUCUUCUGCAAGUACAACGAUCCGAUUUAUGUGAAGAUGGAGAAGCUCGACGUUCUGGUGAUGUUAGCCAAUGAGAACAACAUUGAACAAGUUCUUAUGGAGUUCAUGGAGUACGCCACUGAAAUCGAUUGUGAGUUCGUUUGCAAAGCAGUUCGCUGCAUUGGGCGUUGUGCCAUCAAACUUCAAGGAGCAGCAGAACGAUGCGUCAACGUGCUCGUCACUUUGAUUCAGACCAAAGUGAACUACGUGGUACAAGAAGCGAUCAUUGUGAUCCGAGACAUCUUUCGCAAGUACCCCAACAAGUACGAGAGCGUCAUUGGCACUCUCUGUGAGAACUUGGACACGCUGGACAACUCUGAGGCCAAGGCCAGCAUGGUCUGGAUCAUCGGCGAGUAUGCUGAGCGAAUUGACAACGCGGGCGAGUUGCUCGACGGUUUCCUCGAGAGUUUCUCGGAAGAGACGACGGCAGUGCAGCUUCAGCUUCUCACUGCGACUGUGAAGCUCUUCUUGAAACGCCCGCAGAUCGCGCAAGAGAUGGUUAAGCGCGUGCUCGCGCUUGUCACUCAUGAGUCGGACAACCCAGACGUGCGAGACCGCGGGUACAUGUACUGGCGUCUGCUCUCCACCAACCCUGAGGCAGCCAAGGCGAUUGUCCUGGCAGACAAGCCAACUAUUGAAGACGACACGAACCUGAUCGAAGCUGCUCUCCUCGAAGAUCUCAUCGGGAAUCUCUCCAACCUCGCUUCCGUCUACCACAAGCGCCCGACGGCCUUCAUCGACCGCAAGAAGGCCAACGACAGCAUGGAUGACUACGAGGAAGCUGAAGAGCCUGACAGCGCGCAAGCGACGGCGAAGCAUCCGCAAGGCUCGAGGGAGCAAGAGUCGGCUAAGGCUCCUGUGGUUGACAUGCUGAUGCUGGACGACCCCGUGGCACCUGCCACUCAAGCAGUGCGAGAGACCAAGCUUGACGACCUCUUGAGCCUGGACGCGCCUGCUCCUACUCAGAGCGCGCGGUCUCAGGGAGCUGACCUGCUCGACAUGCUUGGCGGGCCAUCGCCUGCCCCCGCCUCCUCGGGUCAGCUUCCGACGCUGCUGGCGGCGGACAAGGGCAACGGGAUGGAAAUGCAUGGCGCCAUCAAGCAAGUCAACGGACAGCUGGGGUACGAGCUCGAGUUCAAGAACGUCUCGUCGACCGUGUUGAACGGCAUCAACUUUCAGAUGAACAAGAACCUUGUUGGUCUUGCCCUCAAGGCGCCUCUACAGACCCCCGACGUCCCUCCCGGCGGGUCUCACCGGGUCACCGUCGCGCUCGCCUCCGACCCCUCCAAGAUCGAAGUCAAGCCGCAUGCCGGCAACGCGGGUGGCAACGUCGUGCAGCUGGCGGUCAAGAGCAACUUGGGAGUCUUCUACCUCACUGACAGCAUCGAGCUUGCGGCCAUGACGACGCCCGGCUUCUCUCUUGCCCCCAACGUCUACAUGUCCACCUGGCAGAACCUCCCGGCUGAGAACCAAACGGUCAAAGACCUUUCGGGUUUCCCGAUGAACAAUCCCAAUGCCAUCGAACAAGCACUGCAGGUCAGCAUGGGGAGGAGGGGGAGAGGCAGGUUCUAA